AUGGAACAGUCAGACGACAGGAAAGAUAGAAUCUAUCACAAGCUAUGGAAUGCCACCCUCGGCGGAUGCCUGGUGCUGGCGCCCAUGGACAAGCGCCCUACCCGCAUCACCGAGCUCGGGCUUGGGAGCCCGGCCUUUGUCUAUGAUAUCGCGCGGCGAAAUCCCAGAGUCGCUGUCCACACCAUCGACUACUUCGGCUCCCGGUCCUCAGCCCCGCUCCCCCCGGACAUGGCGGACCCCCCGCGGGUCCUCUCCCACAACCUGGAGCUGGGCGACUGGGGCUUCGACGGACGCAUCCGCGGCAAGCAGGGCCUGAUCGCGGCGCGCUUCGAGAUGGACGGCCUCGACUGGAACUGGCGCCACAUCGCGGAGCAGAGCCUUGCGGCCCUCGAGCCGGGCGGCUGGCUGGAGCUCCAGAUGGUCGGCCCGCUGACGUCGGACGACGGCUCGGCCGAAGGCACCGCCCUCAAGGACAUCCCCCGGCACCUGUCCAAGCACGUCGACGACGCCCGCGCCGCCCCGCGCCACGCCGACAUCCUCGCCGCCGCCGGCUUCGACGAGGUCGCGCUCGUGCGCCGCCGCUGGUGGAGCUCGCCCGUGGCCCACCGCGCCGACGUCGACGACCGCGAGGUUGGCCUGUCCAGGAUGUACCUCAGCGAGGUCGAGUCCGCCCAGCUGCUCGAGGCCCAGUGCGAGGAGAUCAAGACCUACCUCAGGUGGACCCCCGAGCAGGCCGCACUCUUCUUGAGCACCGUCAAGGCCGAGAUUACGGAUCCCAACAUCCAGGCUUACUUCCCCGUCUAUGUUGUGUAUGGACGGAAGCCUUUCGUGUAA